GCCGCACGCAGUGCUCGUUUUCACUUCCAAUGCUUCCAAAGGUGCAGUUUUGGGAAAUAAUUGAGAGGAAUUGUCAGCAGCCUGAGACAGCAAACCGCGUUCAUUCAUUUGGGAAUGAGUGUGUGAGAGUGUCGAAACCGCAGUAAUGGCAUCAGGGGGAGAAAGCGGCGCUCCUGCAGAGGACGAGGGUGGUGUCCCACUGGACAUUGAUGAUGUACACUUACUCUUACAAGUGGAACAGGAGCAGAUUCAGAAGAGGACAUUCACAAACUGGAUCAAUGCACAGUUCUCCAAGAGGAGCCAUCCAACUGUUGUCCAGGAUCUGUUCUCAGAUCUUCGAGAUGGGACUCGACUGCUUGACCUACUGGAGGUGAUGAGUGGCCAGCGCAUGAAGCGUGAGCGGGGUCAUGGUGUGUUUCAGCAGAGAGGCAACGUCGAGACCGCUUUGAACGUCUUGAAGAAUAAAUCAAUCAAGCUGGUGAACAUAAACAUCCCAGACAUCAUAGAGGGGAAACCUUCCAUCAUUCUGGGCCUGAUAUGGACCAUCAUUCUGCACUGUCAUAUAGAGGAGCUAGCCAGCACUCUCUCUUAUGGAUCCCGUUCAUCCUCCCUGGACUCUCUGUCCAGUCUGGAUUCUGUUUCUGGAUCUCCAGGCAGUAGUCCUGUUCCUCGAGGAGCAUCACCGCUCCACACGCGCUUCCGUCUGUCUGCUAAGAAGGCUUUGCUCCUGUGGGUUCGGGACCAGUGCCAGAAAGUUGGUUGCUCAGCCAGUGUGAGGGACUUUAAGUCCAGCUGGAGGAGUGGUGAGGUGUUUCUGGCCAUUCUCUGCUCCCUUAGACCUGAUCUGGUGGACCUCUCUCAAGCGCAGACCAGCAGCCACCGGGAAAACCUGGAGAGGGCGUUUCACCUCGCUGAGAAGGAGCUCGGAAUUCCCAGACUGCUCGAGCCAGAAGACAUUGAUGUCAGUAACCCUGAUGAGAAGUCUAUCAUGACAUACAUUGCUCAGUUCCUGCAGUACUCCAAUGAUCUGCCUGUAGCUGAUGAAGAUUUUGAGGCUUCGCCCAGUCAGAAAGCCAGAGAGAUGAAAUGCUGGCUAGAGCGAGCCUAUCAGGAGUUACUGGAGGCGUGGAAUUCCACAGAGGGGAAGGGAUAUGCAGAGGGGUAUCAGGCAUUUCAGAACUUUGUGGGGACUUAUUAUGACCAACGACGUCCAGUUAUUCCACUUCUCAGUGCAAUGAGACGCUGCGCUAAACCAAGUGAGGAGCAGAUGGCACUGAGAAAAGCAUGGGACACCAUGGAGGAGAGGUUACAAGAGUAUAGAACCGAGCUUGAUGUUGGUUUGCCGGCCCCUCUGAACACACUGGACCGGUGGCUCCAGCAUAUGGAGGCUGUGCUAUCUGAAGACAGCGGGAGCGCUGAAGAUCAUGCACUUGCUUCCAGAGACGCCAGACUCAAGCAUGAACAGCUGAAGGUUUUGGUUGAGGACUUAAGCCAGCACUUGAACACCAUUCAUCACUACAAUAUCACAGAUGAUGAAGUGCCGGUCGAGAAGCUGGAGGAGAUCAAGAGACGUUUCACCAGUGCCAGAGUGACAGCCAAGUACCACGGCAUCAAGCUACAAUACAGAGAGCAGAUGCACCAUGUUUAUGACCUGCUGGGACAUCUGAAGUCUAAGCUGAGCUUGUGGAGAGGGCCUUACGGCUCCCAGGAGUCUGUUCAGUCUCUGCUACAAGAUUGGCAUGACACUGUUGACAAGCAAGGUCUGGUGUGGAUGUUGAAGGAAGCACUUAAUAAGCUGAAGGACACAGCAGUCAGCUAUACCAACAAAGUAGCUCUGGCAGACGACUCGCCUGUGGUUAACAGGUGGGUAAAAGAGGCAGAUAGUGAGACGGGAGUCAGUACAGAAGCUGCAGAAGCAGUAAGAUCCACCAUGGAACAUGUUCUGGCUGCAUGGGAGUCCUACAAAGACUGCCUGUAUCUAUUACAGGUCUGGCUGGGGCAGGAGAAAAAAUCAGAGGCUCAAGAGCACAAGCAUUUUUCCUCCAGCCUGAAUGAGUGGAGAUCACGUCAAGCCCAGCUGAAUGAGGUGGGAAACUUUCUCAUUGAGAUGAGUGACGCCUCCACCAGCCACUCUCUGACUGAAGAGCUCCGCAAACUGAACAUGCAGUGGGCUGACUUCAUAAAAAGGACCAAGUUUGCAGUGGCCCCUCAGCCCAUCGCUGCAGUCCCAGGUGUCCGAGCUUCCCUGAUGCAGGAAGCCAGCUGGGUGCUUAGAGAGACAGUUGAGGUGUUAUCUGGACCUCUACGUAUUUACAGAAAGAAACUCCAGGGCAUAACUAAGAAGAUGUCUGAGUUCAAUCUGAACUCUUUGUCUCCAUCUCCAGACUACAAAGAGGAAACUCUUCAGAAAUUCAGACAAACUCUUCCGGAGACACUUGAGACUUUGACCCGGGUGGAUCAGGUGUGUGAGAGACUCCAGAAAGCCGCAUCUCUGCUCGAGGGCAGGCUGGCUGAGCUUGAAAACUGGAGCACGGAAGCCCAAGAGGUCUGCCACCACCAAGAAAGGCAGCAUAGGGGCCACGGGGGGCCACAUUCCAGGGCUAAAGCACUGAUCUCCAGAGGUCUACAGUUGGAAAGACAGGUGGUGACAGAAGGUGAGGACCUGCAGGUGCUUGUGACAUCUGUGCAAAAGAACUCCUCCCUUCCUUACCUCAGCACAUCGGCAAUACAAGACCGACUGAAACAGACGGUCUCACACUGUCAGGAGGUUACUGAGAUGCUCAGUUCUCAUGGAGUGAAGCGUGAAGGACAGCCUGUAGGUGCACAGCCUGCUUCCAAGGUUUUUGUGCAGGCCCAUUCUCAGCCUGAAUCCCAAACUAGAAUCAUUCAACACCAUCAGGAUCAGACGUUCUUCCAAAGCAGCAAACGUUCUCUAGAGAGCCCAGCAGAACCUCAAAACCAAGAACUCCAUUCUUCUCAGCUGCAGUCACAAUUGGAAACCACUAGUGGCAUACAGCCCCAGUUUCUCCCCCAGGUUCGUGUAAAAUCUCCAAAAGCCCAAAGCAAAACUAUAUGCCAAGUCCUGCAUGCAGAGCUCAAACAGCCUUUGCUGUCAUCUGUUGUUAGCAGGAAGGCUCAGUUGAAACCCCAAACUGACGUUCAACUGAUCUCUGUAGACUCCAGCCUAACCAAUCGCUUUGGACCAUCAGACCUUCAAGCUGCCUCAGUAAACUCAAGCCAAAACAGUGGCUUUGGACAUUUACAGGUUAUCUCUGUAGACCCAAACCAAUCCAGUGACUUUGGACCAUCAGAGCAACAGGUUCUUUCUGCCAACUCAAGCCAAACCAGUGGUUUUAGACCAUUAGACUCUCUCCAAGUUAUAUCUGUAGACUCAGGCGAAACCAGGGGCUUUGGACCAUCAGAGCUUCAGGUUAUCUCUGUAGACUCAAGCCAGAGCAGUGGCAUUGAACAUUCAAACCCUCUACAGUCUUUCUCUUCAACUGCGUCUAGCCCAAUCAUGUUGCUUACAUCGGUUACCAUGACUCAACUAAGAAUGCCAGUCGAGCAGCAUCUUGAUUCACCACCAAAUAGGCAACCACAAACCUUUUUGGUGACCCCACACCAAAGACAAAAGGUUCUGGCCAAAAGUCACAGUUUUCCAAAACCCCAUGAGCCAUCACAAACUCUGCCUGUUACCUCACUUGCAUCCAGCCCAAGCACUUUGCAUACACUGGUAACAGUGACUCAACAAAGAACGCCUAUCGAACAGAACCUUGGUUCACCACCGAAAAGGCAACCUCAGACCUCUGUGACAACCCAACACCAAAGACAAAGGGUUCUAUCCAAAAGUCACAGCUUUCCACAGUCAUCAGAGGCUCCAGGUGUUCCCCAUGUCCCAGUACAGAAUGAGGUGUAUGCCACAGCUCAGGCUUUGGCCAGGAGCAGACUGGAUAAAGCAAAACGGCACCUGCAUGAACACAUACAGGAUGUCAUCUCAGUGAUCAGCACCAGAGACAGAUCUAAAAAACAAGCCAAGAAAAAACAAGCAGUGUCACGUCUUCUCAGGCCUUCAGUGUUGGAGGCAUUUCUAGAAGCUGUGAAGGGAAUGGGUGAUUUCUGCUCCGAUGCCCAGCUCAGAGACAUGGACCUCCUCUCUCAGUCAGUCAGAGCCCAAUGGGAGGUAUGUGCCACAGCAGCUGAGCGUUCAGUGCAUCUGGAAGCCUUGAGAAGAAUUGCAGAGAGUCUGCAGCCCACAGAGAGUGUUCUUCUCAGCACCACCCAUCUGAGAACAGACACAGAGAGGGUGGAGAACAUUCAACGCCACACAGACUCCACAAGUGACUUGGCACCAUGCCAGGAUGGCAGAGGGGGAGCAGUCAAGGAUUGUGUCCUGCUGAGAAAGACCGUACUGGUGGAUGACCUGAGCCGCGUCCACUCACAGGCUGUUGUCCAGACCAACAUCGUGGAGAGAAAACGGAUACCAGAGAGGACCGUCAUUCAUCCCUGUUCAGCACAGGAAACUCAGAGCAGCUACAGUGCUGCACAGUCAGUCCUUCAGCAGCAACUGCUUAACAACAGUCAGCAGCUGGAAUCAGAGUUUCCCAUCAGCAAUGCCAGUAUCUCUGCUGACUCACUGAGGACUCAACUCCAGAACAUACUGGCUCUUAAGGACCGGACGGAGGCUCUGUGGCGUGAGUUUGAGCUUCAGUGUUCCCAGAGCUCUCAGCACAUGGAAGAUGGCUGUAACAUGGAGCAGGAGAGAGCUCAGCUCAUUCAACAGUGGAGGGAGCAACAGAUGUGCAUUCAGGCCAGGGUGAAGUCCCUUGAAACUGUGGUGGAGCUGCUGGAGUCAGCGGACAUUCAGAUUGGACUGAUUUCUGAUCAGAUCAAACAGAUCAGUCAGAAACCUCUAAAUAUCAGAAACGUUGCCAUUGCUGAUCCCAAAAAUCUACAUGAAGAACUAAAGCGUCUAGAUAAAAGUAUCGAGAAAGAGCUGUUUCUGCUUAAUAAGAGUGGCGGUUCAGUUAGUGAUGCUGCUGAUCUGAGUCACAUUGAGCUCCAAGAUCAUCUUUCCCUUCAGCAAACUCUCCACGACCUCACAAAAUGCUUGGACCAGCAAAGACAAUGUCUGAGAAAGAGUGAAUUGGCCCUGAUGAACCUCUUAUCACAUCUCCAGCAGGUGAAUGCCGACCUCAAAGCAGCUCACAGCACAUCAAAUCGCAGUUUAGUCUCCAUCCGGCAAAGCCUUCAGCAGGCCAGGGAAGAAUCGGUUCAGCUAGACCGAAUGCUGGAUGAUGCUGGCAUGAGAAUAACUCUGGAUGACAAACCAGGCAGCUGUCAUGAGAUGGUGUCCGCUCUGGCACUACGUGCCGAAGAGGUCGAGACCAGACUGGCUGUAGGGCUGAAGCAAACUGACAGAGGAGGGAAAGGAAGAGCAGAGGGAGAACAGAGAGACCGAGUGUUCGGUAGGAAGAGGAUGGGCCUGCAGGUCGCCCUGAGGGAGGUGCUGACGGCACUCGAAAAACAUGGCCUGAAGGAGCCCACAGUUCCUGCACUACAGCACAGGUUACGCUUCUUGACAGACAUGGAGAGCAAACUGUUUGCACUACGCUCAGAGAUUCAGGAUCUGAGAAAUACUUGUGCACAGACAAGCACCUCAGAGACAGCCAUCAGCGAGCUGCAGACGCAAUGGGAAAACGCACAGAGCGCAGUCACAGAGAGUCGUGAACAGUGUGUCUCUCUGAGCGAACUACUGAAGAAGUUCCAGAGCUGCCGAAAUCGCUUGGGCAGCACUUUGCAGAAAGCAGAGCAGACUAUUGGUGAUCAGGCCUCCUAUAUGGGCAAAGACAACCUGCAGCUCCUGAUCAGUAAGGUGACCAGUAUAAAGUCAGAUCUCGGUGGUCUUGGGGACAGGGUGGAGGAGUUCAGAGCUGUGUGUCGACAGCUGCAGUCUCUGAUGAGAAGGAUCCCAGACUGUGCAGACGCUCCAUUUGAGAGUGAGGCUGACACCCUCAUGGACCGCUGGCUUGAUGUCACCGAGAAGGCAGACUGUCAUCUGGACAACCUUCAAGCUGGCUUUUCACUUUGGGAAAAACUCCUACUGUUGGCUGGAGAGGUUGAGGGCUGGAGCGCCCAAAAGCUGAUGACACUUGCUUCACACCCCUUUCAGACAGAGCAGGAUGUGUCUGCCAUGCAGGAUGAGCUCAGGAUUCAAGAGGAGAACAUUGAACUUUUCCAUCGCAGAUCUUCAGAGAUCCAGGAGCUGCUGCAGAGUCGCGAGUUCCCACUGGAGCUACAGGUGAUUGUGAGCCAGCUGAGGAAGAAGAUGGCAGAGGUGAAGGAGCUCUUUUCUGAGACCAGUGAUGUUUUUAGACAGCUGGAAGCUGCCAAGGGGAAGGUGGCAUCUGAUAUCGCAGAUCACCUGUCCUCCAUUCAGACUAUCACAAAUGCACUGACUACGUCUGAGAGCCCACUGGUCCUCAAAACAAUCCAGGGCUUAUCGGCGCAGUUGCAAGCGGAGGCAGAGCAGGCAGAUGCAUUACUGCAGCAGAUAAGUCUUCUGGCAAGCAUUGCAGGUCUAGAAAACCUGCAGACGCUGGCUGAAGAUGGAGCUCACCUUCGAGAAAGCAUCUGCAUGGCCAGAGAGCUGGCCAUAGAGAAGAGAGAGCAAGCAAUGAACCCCAACAGACCUGAAAAUCAAAUGGUCCAAGACCCUAAGCACAUCAAGCCCCUGAUUGAAAAAACAGAAGAUACUGUGCCAGAGAUACCGUCUGAAUCUAAUGGUAAAACAGAGGAACAGUCAAAAGGAGGCAAGACACAAGAUGAGUUGAAGGACUUCAAAGAGCAGGCCUGCAGCUGGGCCGGUGAACUGCAUCUGAAGGGAGAUUUGCAGGUUUCUGAGGAUGUGAACAGAUGGGAGAAACUCACAGCAGUGCAGGAUGUGUGUGUUGAUCUUGGUGAGAGUAUGACUGAGGAGCUGAAGUGUGCAAUGUUAAUACAACAGAGCCACGAGAGUCUGGACUCUCUACAGGGUCGGGUUGAGGGCCACUCUAAUGACUCAAAUGCAUUAAAGGCUGUAGAACAAGUGGAAGGAAACCUUCUAGAGGUUGAGAAAUUGUCUGAGGUCCUGCAGACAAGCUGUACUCCAGACGGUCAGACUGCUCUCUCUCAAGAAACUCAAACAUUGUUUGGAAAGACGCCAGCCCUGAGGAAGAUCUUGGAAGAUGAGAGGACUCAGGAAGGGAACUCUGAUCCAGAUCAAUGUUCCAUUCAGUGCAUCGAGCCUCAGCAGCCUGGAGUGUCCACAGAGGAGCUCCAGUCAGUUCAGGUUGCCGCUGACAGCGAAGUGGAUGACAUGGAUCGUAUGAAUGUGAAAUUCUUGCCCACAAAGGAAGUUAGUGAAACAGAAGAUCUAUCACAUUGCUCAGGACAACAAGCAACCGAAGAUUUUGGGAACCUUCCAUCAGGCCACGACUCAAAUAAGCAGCUGUUCAUGUCUGGAUCUAAAGAGAUGGAUGGAACUGGAUCUGUAUUAAGAGAAGGUGACAGCAAAUCCACUCAUGGCUCAUCCUGUGAAUCAUUAAAGCCUGUCUUUACUAUAGUGCUGGACUCUGAUCUUACCAAACCCGACCAGAACCCACUAACACAAGCUGUCCCAGCUUCUUCAACUAAAUGGGAUACUGUUUCAGUUUUUUAUGAUAGGACCGCAGAGACAUCAGCGGAUGGCUUGAAACUCUUGGAAGUCAAACCAAAUGUUGAUUUAGCUGUGGAUGAAGAACAUGUUGCAAUAAGCUCUUCUGAUGAACCUCUACAUUUAUGUGCUGAUCUUUCAAAAUCAGAGGUGCAGUUUAAAGAAAGCAGGCACACCGAUAAUAUUGAACCCACUCAUUCUGAUCUAGACCUUGAUUUCAGGCCUAAACCAGAGAAGGACUCAUCUACUCAAGCAUUUGACCCAAUGCUUUCAUACCCAGAGAAGCAUCAAGGAAGCUCUGGAACUGCUAAGAAAGUAUUUACCAUCAUCCUGGAUGUUGAUACUCCUGCAUUAUCAUCAGACAGGUAUCAAUCACUGCAAGAGACACUGUGUACAGGUUCUGAAGACUCAACCACAGAUGAAUUCUCCAAUUCAGAUGUAAAAAAUCAACAUAGGAUCUCCUCUGGUACUGAGAAACCUGAAGGCCAAAUGGCUGAGCUAGAUUUAUCAGAAGAGUCCAAUGUGAAAUCAAGUAGCUCUGAAAUGCAGCCAGGACAGAAGGCAGCUACGCUUAUCCAACCCCAAACCCCUGAGGUCAUGGAGAUUGACGUUCAAAAAGAUGAAAAAGAGAAGCAACAUGAAGUCACUGAUGCAGAAACAUCAAGUCAAAUGGAUGUCCACACUGGAGAAGGCAAUGAGUCAGGGUCUGUAGUUCACCAACAGGAUGUCCCAGUGUUGGAGAGUCAUGAUGAGGAUGACAAAAACACCAUUGAAGAGGCUUCAAAUGAAGCAAAACCCCUUCAAAAGCCUCCAAAAGUUGCUAAAAGUAGGAACAAGAACAGAAAACCAGCUGGUGUAGAAAAAGCAAACAAUGUCAGUAAUAAAAAGCUGAACGCAUGUAAAUCUCAACACAAGAACACAACUGAUUCGGAAAGCCUUCAAACUUCUGAGGUCAGGUUGCCCGACACCACCGAUACUUCACUGACUCAACAUGAAGUCACUGAUGCAGAAACAUCAAGUCAAAUGGAUGUCCACACUGGAGAAGGCAAUGAGUCAGGGUCUGUAGUUCACCAACAGGAUGUCCCAGUGUUGGAGAGUCAUGAUGAGGAUGACAAAAACACCAUUGAAGAGGCUUCAAAUGAAGCAAAACCCCUUCAAAAGCCUCCAAAAGUUGCUAAAAGUAGGAACAAGAACAGAAAACCAGCUGGUGUAGAAAAAGCAAACAAUGUCAGUAAUAAAAAGCUGAACGCAUGUAAAUCUCAACACAAGAACACAACUGACUCGGAAAGCCUUCAAACUUCUGAGGUCAGGUUGCCCGACACCACCGAUACUUCACUGACUGUGUCUUCAGACUUUAGUCAGCCAAACACUGCAAAGCCAUUGAGCACACAAGACAAACUAACAGUGGACACUGUGCAGAAAGAGACCUUGAAUCAAACGGAGACAGAGGAUGGACAUUUUGAAAAUGUUAGCAUCUCACUUGCCGGAGGUGCCCAUAUUAGUACCACAGAUAGUAUGGUUUUAGCAGCAGUGGAGUCUGUGCAGUCAACACUUACAGAGGACUCAGAAUUAACGGCAACAGAUUCUUCAUCUGUUGUGACAGCUGACUGUAUAACACAAAUUCCUACCACAGUCCUAUCAGAGUCACAACUCAGCCAUGCUGAAGCUCGGAGGACAGAGGAUUCAGAUGGCAGUUUCCCUUUGCAGUAUGAAGAAAUGCACAGAGUCAAUUCACAUCCAUCUGCCGGGAACAAAACGCCCCAAAACAGAGGAUCAGUACCAGACGGUGAGGAUAAAACGAGGCAUGUGGAGCAGCCUACUGGGACACAUGUGUGGGCCGUUUUACUGAACACCAUCACUAAUGUUCAGCCACUACUGAUGACCAGUCACGGUUCUGAGGAAUCUAGACCAAGGAAAGAUUCCUUGUUUCAGAAUUCAUUGCUCUUAGAGUCUGAGAGCAGUCUGGCAUGGACUGUCCUGUGGGUGUUCAGAUGUCGGUACCGACCGGCCCAACUCAGCAUUGCACAUAUGACUCAUCAGCUGGAAGAAGCUGAGAUCUGCAGGCAGUAUGUCUUGGAGCAGGUGGCUAGACUGCCUCAAAGUGAAUCUAGUGCAGGACGCUCUACAAAGCCUGAGCAGAUCAUAGAGGGCAGAUGGAACACAGUACUGAUGGAUACCUCAACUAUGGUGGAGUACAAAAAGACACAGCUCCAGCAGGUCACGCAGUACCACCAGCAAAAACGGGCUCUCGCGGAUACUCUACACAACCUGGAGGCUGAGCUCAGCACACUGACACAGGAUUGCAUUGACAGCAGCACCUUGCAAGUGGAGAAGCUGAAUGCAUUCCUGAAGAACAUGCAGGAGAAGAGAGGCAUACUAGAGGAGCUCCUACAGACAUGCUCUCAGAUUUCAGCCCAUCUGGGUGAGACAGAGGGACCUGUGGCCUGCAUUGAACCUUUUAGGACUUUACAGGAGAGAUGGCAAACUAUGGAGCGGGUUGCUUCCAGCAGUCUGUGGUGUGCUAACAUCUGCACAGCAGAAGUAGCUGCACUCCUGCAAGAAGCCAGAGAGCUGCAAUACGAACUGGAGCUUCUGGAGAAGUCAGUUUCUCUUCCGCAUCCCUCUCAAGGACAGAUGGACUGUCAAAGUGCGCUACAAGAGACUGUGAGAACUGCAGACUUGGCAGUGUUAACUGACCGCUACUUGUACCUUCUUGAGGUCUCUCAGGCUCUUUCCUCAAGUCCACUGGGAAAAAAAGAGCUCAGAGAUGUGGAGGACGCAAUGCAGGGCUUGAAUUCUCAGCUUGCUCUGACUCAGGAGAAGAUCAGCUCUCAGACUUCAAAUGGCAAUGGAUGCUCACCGAUCAUGAGGAUUAUCAGGGACUACGUUACAUGGGCUAAGCAAACAGAAAACAAAGUCAGUAGGAGAAGGAGGUUGUCUCUGUUUCCUGAAGAAGCAAGUCACCAGGUCAAUCACAUGAAGAAACUGCAGUCUGAAACAUCUCUUAAGAGGUUUCAGUUGGCCUCUGUUUUGAAAGAGCUAAGAGAGGAAGUUACAGGACUCGAUGAGGAGGAUUCCAUAUCACCCACCCUCGAUUCCCUAGAGGAUUUGUACGUUAAGCUUACAGAGAAGACCGAAUGUGCUGUUGCAGAAAUGAACAGAAUGUUUCAUAUUAGAGAAAGACUGUGGAAACAGAUCACUGACAGCAGCUCUUGGUUGACCUCAGUAUUAGAAAAAGAGUCUGGUAAAACAGUGGCUUCUGAACCUAAAACUACUAUCCCAGAAUUGAGGGUUCAGCUUCAGCUAUGCACAGAGGCUUUGAAGGAUGCUGAGAGACAAGCAAAUAAUCUGGAGACUCUGUUAGAUGAAAUGAAAAAAGUGAAUCACGGUCUGAGUGUACCCGAAAGCUUUCAGCUUAUCAAUAGGCUAACAGCCUUACAAGAAGAGGUCUCUAGGGUUGUGAACCGUAAGUGGGCCUUGCACUGGGUGCUUGAAGAACUCCUUCAUGCUCAGGAAUCUUCUGCUGAGGAACAGAACAUCAUUCUGAAGAGCUUGAGACAGAUGAGUGCUGAUGCCACGAGGCAGAAGUAUCCCGUAACAAGGGACUCGCUCUUGGCUCUUGAACCUGUUAAGCACAUGCUGAUGGAGCUCCACUGCAAAGUGUGGGAAAUUCCCCACUGCCCAGAUCCUCGGAGGAAAGAGAUGCUCAACGCUGUACUAGACCUACAGAGGAGAAUACAUCUGCUGGAGUUGCAAGUCAAAGAGCAUGAGGAGUACCUCAUUUUAAGGCAGCACAUGGAGAACUCCAGAGAGGCGGUGAAGAAGAGCUUGUUGCAGAUUGUAGACUCAAGUGUAGGAGCUGAUGUAAGGCUCGGCUUUUGUCAGACUGUCUUGGUGGAGCUGCCUUUGGUGAGAAUGACAUGUCAAGAAGCUGCUGAUCACCUUGAGGCCAUUUCGAAAGAUCUCUUUCCAUCCCGGCUGACAACAGAAAGGCACAAAAUCCGUUUGGUCAUUGAGCAGCUAGCCUCUUGGGAGCUCACAGUAAAAAAUGAGGCUAAAACCCUUGAGUGCUCUCUGGCAGAGCGACUCGGCAGUCCUACAGACCUCAGUCCACUCACUGAGCUCUUCAACAGUGUCAGGCAGCAGCUGAAGGAGACCAUCUGCUUGGAGCCAGAUAAUAAGACCAUUGAUACACAGCUACGAAAGCACUGGAUGCUAAUCCAGAGCGUUGAGUCUGUUCUACGAAUGUUGGAGCACUACAGGAAAGAAGUAGAUGUUGAAAGCUACCAGAUGACCAUUGAUCUCGGCCAGAUAACUCUUAAUGAUUGUGGUAUGCAUAUGGACAAGCUGCUCCAAGCUCGGGAGGCACUGAAGCAUUACCACUGGGCUGUUCAGGGUGCAGAGAGCUUCUUUCAGCAGAUUGGAUCCAAUCUCAUGAUCCCCUCUGAUGGCUUCAAAGGCUACAAAGAGGAGCAUUGCUGUGUUCAACAGAUUUCCAGCACUCUGGUUGAGGGUUUCCAGGCCCGCUUGUCUGAAGUUGGUGCUUCUGUUCCCCAGCAGACAUGCCUCUCCAUCCCUCUAACCGAGCAGCUUCAUAUCGAAGUUUUGAGUCACCUUCUAGUACAAGAUGCCAAAUUAGAAGCUCAGGCUCAGCUCAGACUUGAGGCCUUACAGAGGUCCAUGAAAGAUCAAAUUGUGCACAUGAGUCACCAUGAAGAACUGAGUCAACUUCUCAAAAAUGUUGAUUCUCAAAUCUCAAAAUUUUUAAGUCAGAAACCAGCUGAUUCUGAAGCCUGCCAAGAUCAACUGCUGAAAGUAAAGGUGCUCCAGACAGAGCUGAAGAACCUCUCUAAAAAGCUGGAGGGACUGAGGGAAAGCUGCCCAGGUCUUCGCUGCAAAGCACCCGUGGAUCUGAUGCUGGGACAAAUGUGGAGGUCUUGGGCAGUGCUGCAGUGCAGAGUGGAAUCUCUCAAAGCCAGCAUGUCUCAUAAAGAAACAGAGUGGAGAGACUUUGUGAUACGCCUGAAUAAAUCAAAGGAAGGUCUUGACAGACUGCAGAAUGAUCUCCCAGACUCGUCUAUGGUGAUGGGAUCCCUGGUGGAUCUUCAGGGUGUUCUGAGCCUCACUGAGCGCCUUCAAGAUGGGAUUGAGCAGGAGCAUCACACUUUAGUAUCUGUACAACACCAUGUGGCACGAUUGCUUGGGGUCUCAAAUUUGCAGCAGCUGAAAGUGUGUCCUCAAAUCUGUCAGGACUUGCAGUCUCUACAGGGUCACUGCAGAAGUCUCAGAGAUCAGAGCAAUAACAUCCGCCGGGAAGUGCUUUUUGAGAUACAGGAGUUGGGUCGUGUGCAGGAGGAGCUGAAUGCCAUUCAGCAGAAUGUUCUCUCUCUUUUGACGGCUUUACAGUCGGAGUCAGCUGCUCAACACUUACAGGAAGUCAAAGUGGAAUUGGUUUCACAGAAGGCUCGACUGCAGGAUGUCAUGGACAGAGUGCAGAAGAAAUGGAGCUGUGUACCUACAGAGAUUCAGAUCUUACACAAUGAGCUCAACGUCUCCAUGCAGGAGGCCAAAGACAAAUUGGUCAUGGUCAUGGAGAAAAGUGGUCCUCUCUGCAAAAUGGGUGAGCUGGUUGGAGAGGUGACGGUGGGCUUGAAUUGUGUGCAGACCCUGCUGAAGCAAACAAGUCCUAAUUUUUCUGAGGCUGAACGUACACAAAAGCGCAUAUGGGAUAAGCUGGACCAGUGGCACACUCGGAUAGCUGAGCUGGAGGCUGAGGUGCAGGAUCUGGCUGAGCAGAAGCCUGAGAGAGCACACAUUCUCAUGGACCAGCUCACGGAGCCUCUGCAGCUCUACCAGACCACAGCCAAACAGGCCGAGCAAAGGACCGCCCUCAUCAGCAAAAUCCCUGCCUGUCUGCAGGACUAUGAGGGUUUACUCAAUAGCUCCAACUGCUGGUUGAGAGAGGCUCAGUCCUGGCUGGUCGCACCCAGAACCUACACCACUGCGAAAUGCAUCCACUGUCAUGCCAACUCCUUCGAGAUGAUGCUGGAUGAAUCGGAGGGAUACAGGGCAGCUCUGGAGGCCUUCCUGCCUGCUCUGCAGGAGAUCACUUCAGUGUGUGACACCACCCCUCAACAACAUCUACUCCAACUGUGUGUACAAAACAUCACACUCAUGCAGCAAAGCGUUCUGGACCCUCUCUCCCACCUUCAGCACCUAGCAGCUGAGAUGGAUGCCAUUGAAGCAGAGGUAAAGACAAUGGAGAAAAAUAUAGCUAAGAUCAGAACAAUCCUUUCAGACACCGACACAGAGAACAUUUUUCCUGAGGAACAUCUCGAGAACAUACAGGUCAUUCUGGAUAAUGUCCAGUCCAUGAAGAGGACCAUUGAUGAGAUUGAGAGCUGCAGGCCAGGCCUAGGGCUUCCUGCUGGGGCAGAGCAAACUCUCACAGCUUUCCAUCGGGCUCAAGAGCUCCUGCAGCCCAUCCAGGAGCUACAGCAGCUCAGUGUGGAGCGGAGCACAGCGUUGAGGGCCUCUAUUGGACAGCCUGCUGAAAUGAUUUUCCCUUCAGACCAAACCACAGAAUUCACGAUGCCACAUCUUUACACUGGAGAUGUGAGGCAGGUCUCCAUGGAAGGCCCUUACACGGAGGAGGAAGAUGAAGACAAUCAGUCUUCGUCCUCAGGAACUCUCACAUGCAGUGUUCCAGAGGACCCAAAUGAUACAAUAGAGGAGGAAGAUACUAAGUCAGGCACUGCCUCUGCUGUAAGAGAUUGUGUCACUAAGGAAUCAUCUCCUGAAGAAGUUGAUUUUCCUGCAAUCAAGUAUGUAAUUCAGGACGCUGACACAGAAAGUUGUUUACUGGAGCUUUCUGAGUUCUCUGAAAUGCCUGGCAUAGUCAGCAGACCAGUUAAUGAAGAGACAAGUUCCCUACCUGCACUAACAUCCCAACAUUUGAAAGAAUUAACAAAUGAUAGUUGUCUUAAGCCUGACAGUGCAAAUAUAGAUGAGGAAAAGCAAAAUGAGUGCACUGAAGCAGUUCCAGCAAAGCCAGGAAUAUGCUCAGAAACCACCAUGUUAAAAGCAAGUGAUGCCAAUGAAUCUGUAGAUCAGAAUGAAGUAUCUGUAAACACAGAAACGGGUACAAGUGAUCAAGUGAAAACAACAAGCCCAAAGCCACGAGACACAGAGGCAAUAAAUGAUACUGAUGGUGAUCAGACCCAGACAGAGACUAAACCCAUCGACGCCACAGCUCCUCUUAUGCUCUCCUCCCAGCAUACAGAAUGUGUGCCACAGGACGAUACAACAUUGGAAAUACAGAGAGAUGUUAUUGAGGCCAUGGUUCACCAGAGCAGCAGCCAGUCUCAGGAUCACACAAUUCAGCACACAGCAACUAUCAGUGAUCUGUCACAGUCUGAAGGAGGAGGUGAAGAUCAACUGAGUUUAGUCCAGCUUCUCACCUCAUGUCAGGAUGUCAGUUCUUUAGAGAGUCUGCAAGGCGGCACAUGGACUUUGGCACCUGAGCGGCGGAGAUUGGCGGGACGGAAUAAUCUUGAGCUCCAGAGAUGUUCUGAAGCUCUUCUGAAGGGUCUGCGGUGUCUCCUGGAGCUGGGCUCUGAGCGGCUGCUGCGCAGUAAGAAUGCGCAGCCACAAAACUGCAGUCAGCUCCACAGUCUGCUCACAGAACACAAGAAAUACUUCCAAGAUUUGGGUCAGGACCUUGUAAUGGUCAAGCUGAUAUACCAUAAGCUGCCAGAGGGGGCACUGCAGGGCCAUGCAGAGGUGGAGCAGUUAAUAUCAGAUCUACAGGAUCAAGCACAAACUCGUGGUGUUCAAAUGCAGCACAGCUUAGAGGAGUGGUCUCGGUACGAGGAGGUCACUGAGAGACUGCGUAAGCAGUUGGAUAAGAUGGAGACAAACAUGUCCAGUCUGGAUUCAGAGCCAGAGGGAGACCUGCAGUCCUAUGAGAGAUUGCACAAGGUCCUGGAAGACACAAGGCCUCAGGUGUGGGAGGUCCAAGACCGACCCAGGAUCCUACAGAAAAAGGGUUGUUACCCUGAGCGACCUGGCCAGACUGUCCCAAAAUCACAACUGUUGUUACGCUGGAUGGAGCUUCAUAAUCAAAUACAGCAGAAGAUACAGUCUACACAGAAGAUCAGAAAGAAUUAUGACAGGUUCCAGCAUGACUCAACAGAACUAGAAGAAUGGAUGCGUCAUGCUCAAGAACAGGUUCAGAAGUGGAACAGUUUCUCUGAUUCUGGUCUCUUGGACUCCAGAACAGUCUUUACCCAGCUCAUGGAGUUCUUUAAGGAGCUGGAGGGCCGUUCAGCACAGAAAGCUUCUGCAGAACUUUCAGGCGCACAGAUACUGCAGCUGACUGACAGUGAAGCUCCAGGUCUGCGCAGACGACUGGCUCAACUUGAGCAGGAAUGGACAAACUUGACUAACGUCCUGCCCACUCUCCACCAGACACAGCAACAACUGUUGACAAACCAGUCUCACAGUCAGAUCUUGGCCAGUUUGACCUCCUGGCUCGAAUAUGUAGAGGGACGACUGGAAGAUGAAAGCUCGGGGGUCCAUUGUGCCCCCGGUUCCUCUGAGCUGUCUAGACAUCUACAGGCUUUGAAGGAUCUUAAGGCUGAAAUAACCAGUCAUCAGCUGUACGUUGACUUUCUGAACCAUCAGUCUGUGGAGGGGGUGGGAUCAGUGAAUGAACCCACCAAUCGCAAUGAGCGCAUCCUGUUUGCAGAGCAACUGGGAGCUCUCAAUCCGAGUUGGCUUAUUCUACAGGCCAAAAUUGACAGCAAGAUACAUGAUGUUGAGAACCAAUGGCAGGCCUGCACGAACAGAGAAAAGCGUUUGCGCUGUAUGCACAGCUGGAUCUCUCAAUGUAUUGAAUGGGUGAAAAACAGCUGGCGACCAGAGAGCUGCUCGCAUAUUGAGCAAACAUUACAGAAGUGUGAGGAGACAGAGGACAGGCUGCAGGUGAAGUCCUCUGAGCUGAAGGCUUUGGGAGCUCUUCACCUGUUUGGGCAGCAGGAUGGUGAACAUCCCGGAGAUCAAGCGUUCUCCAAGCAGGUGAAUUCAGCCAUCCAGGACUGCCAAGCUUUGAGUCAACAGAUAAAUGCUCUCAAGUCAGAUUUACAGCCAAUCAAAGAUGAAUGGGCUCACUUUGAAUCUAAAAUGAGUGCAGCAGAACUGCAAACAACCGGGGUGGUCUACAAGCUGGAGCUCUGCAGAGUUCCUGCGUUCUCAUCUGAGCAGAGCCGAACUCAUGUGGAGCACCUGCAAGAGCUUGAAAGGGAGCUGAACCAAUCAGAGACCUGGACCCAGUUAACUGAGGUGUUCUCUAACUUGAAAGACAAACUCAACCCUUAUGCGUCUAAACUUUUGUCUGAUCGUCUCGAGAAGGAGACAACUCGACAUCAAGCGGUGACUGAAGAUGUGCAUGCAGAUUUACUAAAAGCCCAGAAUGCAUUGCGGCUUUGGCUGGAAUACGAGCGCCUCACAGGAGAGUGCUGUGUUCAUCUAAAUCAGCACUGGGAGAGGCUUGGAGAGCUUAUGAGUUCUUCAGACAGAGAAGAAAACACUGUAGAGCUGCUCAACAGCAGGAUGCAGGGCAUCAGUGCUCUAGAGAAAGACAUGCCUGCCUUGCAAAGCAGUGUGGGAAAAGUCCUGGAGGCCUCAAAGCUUCUCACUGGACAUGUGAAACCCCAGUCAGCCCCUCUAAUCAAAUCAGAAACCAGGUUGCUGUCACGUGACCAUGUGCAUCUUGGCAAGGCACUUUCUGACAUUGAGGCACAAGUUCAGGAGGAGCUGGAGGAGCACCGCCGUUUCAGCACUGAGUUGAAAUCAAUGGAGCAAAAACUUAAACACUUUGAGAGUGUUAUGAGCUCCUCCGCUGCAAGCAUGGAAAGACUAAAGAUGGUUCUGUUAGAUCUGAGUGGGCUGAACCCUAACCUUGCUGCUCUGAAUCAGAUGAGUUUCGGACUCUCCUUAAGCUCUGCAGAGGAGGAGAGGUUACAGACCCUCAACACACAAUGGGUUCAGGUCUUCUCUCAGGCCACAGACCGACACCGGAAGAUGUAUGGAGAGCUGCUGCAUGCUCAGAACUUCCAGCAGAAGUGCCAGUGCUGGAUGGAGCUCCUGGACAAAAUCGAGGCUGGGUCAUCCAAUCAGACGUCUGGAAACUGUGCUGCUGUAAGAGAGCAGCUAACUGCACAUCAGAGGCUGAAAGUGGAGGUCCUCAUCAGCCAGCAGCUACAGGAUGCCAUGGUCAGUGAGGCUUCACGCUUCUUGGAGAGCAGUCAGAAUGAGGACAGGAGUCAUCUGAUCCUGAGACUCACCCAGCUAAAGGCACGAUGGCAGGGGACACAGCAGAGGGUCCAGCAGCAUGGCAAAAGUCUGGAAGGGCUGAUGGGACAGUGGCAACUCUAUGAGACCAGCUCGAGGAAACUUUCAAAGCUACUCAGACACAUCGAAGAACUUCUGCCACCAGCAGGACUAGCGCCGUGCAGCUUACAGCAACUCCAAUGCUCUAUAAAAGACUUUGAGUGGACAGAGGAGCAACUACAGCUUCAUGAAGAACUGUACAGGCAGACUGUGGCGGCAGGCGGACAGAUCCUUCCGCUAUCAGAUGUGCAGACGCAGACACGCCUGCAGACUGAACUGGAUGCUCUCAAGGAGAUGUGGGAGCGAAGCUGUGGCCUUGUGGGGAAAAGAAAGGCUCUUGCAGACACCAUAACUCAUAACUGGAUGCUCUGUGAAACUGGCCUGGCUGAGAGUGCUCUCAAACUGGAAGAGAUAAAAGCAAGACUGAAAAGUCCACUGCCAGAGAAGCUAGAAGAUCUAAAAAUACACAUGCAGCUCAUCAAGGAGGACGAGAACUCAUUGCAGAUUUGGGCUGGAGGACUGAAAGAGCUGACCACCAUGAAGGCAGACGUGUCUCAGUACGUGCUGCCCACAGACACCGUGCUGCUCCAGGGACAGGUGGAAGAACUUCACAGCCAAUGGGAAGAACUGUGCUUGAAGGUGUCACUUCGCAAGCAGGAAAUAGCUGAUCGCCUGAACGCCUGGAUCAUCUUCAAUGAUAAAGACAAGGAGCUCUGUGAUUGGCUGACGCAGAUGGAGAAAAAAGUGGCACACGGGGGCGAAAACCUUAGUAUUGAGGAAAUGAUGGAGAAACUUAAAAAGGACUGCAUGGAGGAGAUUAACCUCUUCAGCGAGAACAAGAGCCACCUCAAGCAGCUGAGCGAGCAGCUCCUAUUGGCCAGCGACAAGGCUAAGGAGGCAGAGAUCCACGGGGCCUUGCAAGAUGUCAAUGACCGCUGGCAGCACCUGUUCGACCACACUGAGGCCAGGGUGAAAAAGCUGGCAGAAACGCUGGUGACAGUGCAGCAGUUGGAUAAGAACAUGAAUAACCUUCGCUGUUGGCUCACUCGCAUUGAAGCUGAGCUGGCCAAACCCAUUCACUACAGUAUCUGCCAUAGAGAUGAGAUCCAAAAGAGACUGGCUGAGCAACAGGACCUGCAGCGUGACAUCGAGCAGCACACCGAGAGAGUGGCAUCUGUGCUCACCCUGUGUGACGUGCUUCUGCGCGAUGAGGAUGCCUGCAGCAGCAGCGAUGGAGAGAAUGACUCCAUCCAGCAGACCACGCAGCGCUUGGACAAGCGCUGGAGAAAUAUCUGCUCCAUGUCUCUGGAGAGGAGGCUGAGGAUUGAGGAGACAUGGAGACUGUGGUGUAAGUUUCAGGAGGAUUACUCUUCCUUUGAGGACUGGCUGAACGUAGCAGAGCGCUCCGCUGCUGAACCCAAUUCAUCAGACAGAACGUACACUGACGCCAAAGAGGAACUCCAGAAAUAUGAGGUUUUCCAAAGGCAGGUACAUGAGAGCCUGAUCCAGCUGGAGAUUAUUAAUAACCAGUACAGACGACUGGCGCGGGAGAACCGUGCCGAUGCAGCCAGCAGACUCAGGGCCAUGGUGCAUCAUGGGAACCAGCGAUGGGACACGCUCCAGAGGAGAGUGACUGCAAUCCUGCGCAGACUCAGACAUUUCACAAGCCAGAGAGAAGAGUUUGAGGGAACCCGUGAGAGCCUCCUUGUCUGGCUGACUGAGAUAGACCUCCAGCUGACCAAUGUGGAGAACUUCUCAGAGAGCCAUCUCCAAGACAAGAUGAAACAGCUGAAGAGUUUUAAGAAGGAGAUCACUCUGAACACCAAUAAGAUUGAUGCUCUGAUCGUGUUUGGGGAGGGUCUGAUUCAGAGGAGCUGUCCUCAAGACGCUGUUGAGAUAGAAGAUGAGUUAGAGGAACUGCACACGUACUGUCAAGAGGUGUUUGGCAGAGUGGCCCGAUUCCACCAGCGCUUCACCAGUCUCCGCCCGCUGCAGGAGCAGCUGGACGUCUUUGAUGGUGAACAGUCCAGAGGGACACAGGGCACCCUCUCCUCCAGCCAGCCCUCCAUGUGCCUGUUAUCGCCACCUCAGGAGCGCCCGGGCCGUGAAACCCCCGUGAGUGUGGAUUCCAUCCCUCUGGAGUGGGACCACACCGGGGAUGUUGGUGGCUCUAAUUCACACGAUGAGGAAGAGGAUGCUGCCUUCUUCUCUGCCCUGUCAGAGGUCACAGAAAUCACAGAAUUCUCAUCUGAGGUGACAAAGAAGUCUUUGGAAGAGCCUUUAGCACAGAAUUGGCACUUUCAAAACACACCUGAAAGGAAAUCCUUCCAGCUGGACUCCUCCUCACCUACACACGCCAGCACUCCUUUUAAACAAGGCUACGUCCAGCUGAUGUCUGAGUGCAGCGGGAGCAUUAAGAGUGUGAAGCGGGUUUCUAUGAUCCUGGAUGAUGAGGAAAAGCAGGAGGAACAAGGCCUCACUGGCCUCAACACUGCAGACAAACAGUCAGGAGUGAUUGAGCGCUGGGAGCUGCUGCAGGCUCAAGCAGUAAGUAAAGAGCAGUGCAGCUCCAGAGACCCCCAGCAGCUGACCUCUGGCCUGCACGACAUCACUUCCUGGCUGGAUCGUGUCACCCCUGAACUGAACAGACUGCAGAAGCCUGAGACUGCCGUCAGUGUCGAGAUCUUAGAAGAGAGGGUCAAACAACUUAAAGAAAUGCAGAAGUCAUUUGCUCGCUACAAGACCAUGAUGCUGUCUCUGAACCUGGGUGGGCGAGAGCUGCAGCAGGGAGCUACAGAAGGAGCACCUGAGCUUCAGGAGGGUCUGCGCAGCAUGAAUGGCCGCUGGACAGAAGCUUGUGCGGGACUAGAGGGGUGGGAGGACAGUCUGCGCACUACCCUAGGACGCUGUCAGGAGUUCCACGAGAUGGUCCACUCUCAACUGCUAUGGCUGGCCCAUGCAGAGAGCAGACGCUACACAGUGAACAUGAACGACCCUUCUGUGCAGCCCUCCAUGCUUCAGGAACACAGGAACACCCUGAAGGAUCUGGCAGAGGAGCUGCAGGGCAGACAGAAGCGAGUGAGCUCCCUGCAGGAGAUCGUCUCCGAGCUGCUCCCUGAGGCUGGUGUGGAGGACAGCGCUGAAGCCCGGGAAAAACUCCACGUCAUUGGAAGCAAACAAAGACUACUGUCACGUCAAGUCAACCAGGAUCUCCAGACGAUUGAAGAGAGAUUUGAGUCCACAACUGAUGCUUCAGGAGACAGGAAAUCCGCACAAUGCUCUCGGUCAAAGCGUGACCCAUCACCUCCGCGUUCGUUCUUCUAUCGGGUCCUGCGAGCGGCUUUCCCUCUGCAUCUCCUGUUCCUCCUGCUGUUGGUUCUGGCCUGCUUGGUCCCUCUUUCUGAAGACGAUUACAGCUGCACCUUUUCCAACAAUUUUGCCCGCUCUUUCCACCCCAUGUUACGGUACACCAACGGUCCCCCUCCCACAUGAGUCUCUCAUCAACUGUUCUCACGUUCAAUCUACAGAGCUGUUUUCAUGACUCAAACAUGCGAAGCACCUCUCUUUUGUCCAAGCAAUAUUUUAACGAUUGUAUUUAUAUUAUUGAUUUUAUACUAUUUAUUCCCCUUUGAGAGCCAUACUAAGAAUUUUGUUGAUGUGCUCUAAUUUUUUUUUUUGGUCACAAUGCUGUAAAGAAAAAUAUCAUUGUAUGAGCUUGAAUGUAAGUCACCGACAAUUUUUUGAAAUAUUUCUAGAUUUAAGCACAUCAUGCACUGAUUAAAGAUUGUAAGUUUGAAACUGGAAAAGAUUGACUCUUCAGCCACAAUUUGUGGAGACAUGAUGGAUGGCUGCUAUUUAUUUAGAGAUUGUGGUCUCAUUUUUUAAUUUUAUAUGGUCUGAAUUAACUGUUCACAUUUGCAAAGCCCAAAACAGAAAUCUAUUUAAAAAUGUCAA